AUGCAGUACAAGCUAAAACUUCAGGCUAUGAAGAAAGCAGGCCUGUCCAUGAGGGAAUUCUUUAACAGAAUAAAAAACCACUGUGAUAUUCUUGCCAUUGCAGGUGAAAAGGUCUCAGAACAAAACCAUAUUCUUCACAUCUUGACUGGAUUAGGGCAUGAAUAUGACUCAGUUGUUGUUAAUGUGACUUCAAGAUUUCCACCACACACUUUGGCUGAAGUUCAUGCUCUACUCCUCAUCUAUGAGUCUAGGCUUGAAAUAAACCAGGGUGCAGUUGUUAACUCAGAAGGUUCACAGCCUUAUGCAAAUGUGGUCACUCAAGGCACACAGAGAAUCUUCAACCCAAACUUCACUUAG